AUGAAACAUUACUCUACUGUUGUUUCUCUCUACAAAGAAAUGCUUGUGUUGGGUAUAUCUGUUGAUGAUUACACCAUGAACAUUGAAAUAAACUGUUAUUGUUACCUCAAUCGAGUCGAUUUUGGAUUUGCUACCUUAGGCGACUUACUUAAACGUGGUUGUUGUGCACCUGAUGUCACUAUAUUCACCACCCUGAUAAAAGGGCUUUUCUUAGAACAUAAAAUUGCCGAGGCAAUGGGGUUAUUCAACAAGCUGUUGAGGGAGAAUGAGAUUGAGCCUAAGGAAAUUAUGUAUGGAACAGUGAUAAAUGGUCUUUGCAAAACAGGGAAUAUUAAAAUGGCCGUUGGGCUACUUAGGGAUAUGGAGAAAACAAGGGUUUCUAGUGCUGACUUAGUCAUGUAUAACACCAUAAUUGAUAAUCUUUGCAAGGACAGAAUGGUAGAUGAUGCUUUGGUCUUUUUCUCCGAAAUGAUUGAGAAAGGUAUGUUGCCUGAUGUUAUCACAUACAAUUCAUUGAUUCACGGGCUUCGCAAUUUUGGUCGAUGGAAAGAGGCUAAAAGACUACUGAAUAAGAUGGUGGAUCUGAAAUUUUUUCCAGAUGUAUAUUCCUUCAAUAUUUUGGUAAAUGCACUUUGCAAAGAAGGGUUGGUAAAAGAUGUAGAUAGUAUACUUAAAAUCAUGAUUCAGAGAGGUGAGAAUCCUGAUGUAGUCACUUACAGUGCUUUGAUCGAUGGAUAUUGUUUGCAAGGCCAGAUGGAUGAAGCGAUGAAAGCAUUCAAUUCCAUGGAGGACAAGGUAAUUGAGCCUGACACUAUCACCUAUAACACUUUAAUCAAUGGAUAUUGCAAGCAGAUGAAGAUUGAUGAGGCCAUGCAUCUCUUGCUAGAAAUGCCCAGUAAAGGAUUGAAACCCACACAAUUGACACUUAUAUAA